UCGACUAUUCAGCCUUGCGGCGCCUCUGGCGGGCUCCGCCGAGAUCCACUCUUUCGGCGCUCGGCUCGCCCGUGCUGCUGCCGCCGCCGAAGGAGGGGCAAAGCGCAAGAUGGCGGACAAAACGCCAGGCGGAUCUCAGAAGGCCAGUUCAAAGACCAGAUCAUCAGAUGUUCAUUCAUCUGGAUCUUCAGAUGCACAUAUGGAUGCAUCUGGACCCUCAGAUAGUGAUAUGCCAAGUCGGACACGACCUAAGAGCCCAAGAAAACAUAAUUAUAGGAAUGAGAGCGCCCGUGAAAGCCUUUGUGAUUCUCCUCAUCAGAAUCUCUCAAGACCUCUUCUAGAAAACAAACUUAAAGCAUUUAGUAUUGGAAAAAUGAGUACAGCUAAGCGAACUUUAAGUAAGAAAGAGCAAGAAGAAUUAAAGAAAAAGGAGGAUGAAAAGGCAGCUGCUGAGAUUUAUGAGGAAUUUCUUGCUGCUUUUGAAGGAAGUGAUGGUAAUAAAGUGAAGACGUUUGUACGUGGAGGUGUUGUUAAUGCAGCUAAAGAAGAACAUGAAACAGAUGAGAAAAGAGGUAAAAUCUAUAAGCCAUCGUCAAGAUUUGCAGAUCAAAAAAAUCCUCCAAAUCAGUCAUCCAGUGAAAGACCACCAUCUCUUCUUGUGAUAGAAACCAAAAAACCUCCACUGAAGAAAGGGGAGAAAGAAAAGAAAAAAAGCAAUUUGGAACUCUUCAAAGAAGAAUUGAAACAAAUUCAAGAAGAACGUGAUGAGAGACAUAAAACAAAAGGCAGGUUAAGUCGAUUCGAGCCUCCUCAGUCAGAUUCUGAUGGUCAGCGUCGUUCUAUGGAUGCGCCUUCAAGAAGAAAUAGAUCAUCUGGUGUUCUUGAUGAUUAUGCACCUGGCUCACAUGACGUAGGAGAUCCAAGCACUACUAAUUUAUACCUUGGAAACAUUAAUCCACAGAUGAAUGAAGAAAUGCUGUGCCAAGAAUUUGGAAGAUUUGGGCCAUUAGCCAGUGUGAAAAUUAUGUGGCCUAGAACUGAUGAAGAAAGAGCAAGGGAGAGAAAUUGUGGCUUUGUGGCCUUUAUGAAUAGAAGAGAUGCUGAAAGAGCUUUAAAAAAUUUAAAUGGAAAGAUGAUUAUGUCUUUUGAAAUGAAGUUAGGUUGGGGUAAAGCGGUGCCUAUUCCUCCACAUCCGAUAUACAUUCCGCCUUCUAUGAUGGAACAUACGCUUCCCCCACCUCCGUCAGGACUGCCUUUUAACGCGCAGCCUAGAGAGCGGUUAAAAAACCCCAAUGCUCCCAUGUUACCACCACCUAAAAACAAGGAGGAUUUUGAGAAGACUCUGUCGCAAGCCAUAGUCAAAGUGGUUAUCCCAACAGAAAGGAAUUUGCUCGCCCUGAUACAUCGAAUGAUAGAGUUUGUUGUACGUGAAGGGCCAAUGUUUGAAGCUAUGAUUAUGAACAGAGAAAUCAACAAUCCUAUGUUCAGGUUCUUAUUUGAAAACCAGACACCAGCCCAUGUUUACUAUAGGUGGAAGCUUUAUUCUAUUCUACAGGGAGAUUCUCCAACUAAAUGGAGGACGGAAGAUUUUCGUAUGUUCAAAAAUGGAUCAUUUUGGAGGCCACCACCAUUAAAUCCAUACUUGCAUGGGAUGUCAGAAGAGCAAGAAACAGAAGCUUUUGUAGAGGAGCCUAGUAAAAAGGGAGCACUUAAGGAAGAACAGAGGGACAAAUUAGAAGAAAUCCUGCGGGGUUUAACUCCAAGGAAAAAUGAUAUUGGAGAUGCAAUGGUUUUCUGUCUUAAUAAUGCUGAAGCUGCUGAAGAAAUAGUGGAUUGCAUUACUGAGUCAUUAUCCAUCCUAAAGACACCCCUUCCCAAAAAGAUUGCCAGAUUAUAUUUGGUUUCUGAUGUUUUGUACAACUCUUCAGCCAAAGUUGCUAAUGCUUCAUAUUAUAGAAAGUUUUUUGAAACAAAGUUAUGUCAGAUAUUUUCAGACCUCAAUGCUACCUAUCGUACAAUUCAAGGCCAUUUACAGUCUGAAAACUUUAAGCAACGGGUAAUGACCUGCUUCAGAGCAUGGGAAGAUUGGGCAAUUUAUCCAGAACCAUUUUUGAUCAAACUGCAGAAUAUUUUCUUAGGACUUGUAAAUAUUAUUGAAGAAAAGGAAACAGAGGAUGUACCGGAUGACCUUGAUGGUGCCCCUAUUGAGGAAGAGCUUGAUGGGGCACCUCUAGAAGACGUGGAUGGAAUUCCUAUUGAUGCUGCUCCCAUUGAUGACCUCGAUGGAGUCCCUAUAAAGAGCCUUGAUGAUGAUCUUGAUGGAGUGCCUCUGGAUGCGGCUGAAGACUCAAAGAAGAAUGAGCCUAUAUUUAAAGUUGCCCCAUCAAAAUGGGAAGCUGUAGAUGAAUCUGAAUUGGAAGCACAGGCUGUAACAACUUCUAAAUGGGAGUUAUUUGACCAGCAUGAAGAAUCAGAAGAAGAAGAAAAUCAAAAUGUAUGUUCUGCUUAUUUCCAAAGUCAAGAAGAAGAAAGUGAAGAUGAAGAAGACACUCAAAGUUCCAAAUCUGAAGAACAUCAUUUGUACUCUAAUCCAAUCAAAGAAGAAAUGACUGAGUCCAAGUUCUCUAAGUACUCUGAAAUGAGUGAGGAAAAACGAGCUAAACUUCGUGAAAUUGAGCUCAAAGUUAUGAAGUUUCAGGAUGAAUUGGAAUCUGGAAAAAGACCUAAAAAACCAGGCCAGAGUUUUCAAGAGCAAGUAGAACACUACAGAGAUAAACUUCUUCAACGAGAGAAAGAGAAAGAAUUAGAAAGAGAACGAGAAAGAGAUAAGAAGGAUAAAGAAAAAUUGGAAUCUCGGUCCAAAGACAAGAAGGAGAAAGAUGAGUGUACUCCAACAAGGAAAGAAAGGAAAAGGCGGCACAGCACAUCCCCCAGCCCAUCUCGCAGUAGCAGUGGUAGACGAGUGAAAUCCCCAUCACCAAAAUCGGAGCGAUCAGAGCGUUCAGAAAGAUCUCAUAAAGAGAGCUCACGAUCCAGGUCAUCUCACAAAGAUUCUCCUAGAGAUGUUAGCAAAAAGGCCAAAAGAUCACCAUCUGGUUCAAGGACACCUAAAAGGUCUAGGCGCUCACGGUCUAGAUCCCCUAAAAAAUCAGGGAAGAAAUCCAGAUCCCAGUCCCGGUCUCCACACAGGUCUCAUAAAAAGUCAAAGAAAAACAAACACUGACGUCAGUUUUUAAGAUGCUGUCAUUUAGUGGAAAUGCGAUUUUGUUUUGUGCCUGAACGGUCUGUUUUUUUAAAAAAAAAAACGAAAAACAAAAAAUCAAAUGAAAGAGCAUUCCUGGGGUUUUUUGUUUAUUUGUUUGUGAAUGCAUGUGUAAACUCAUGAGUAACUGCAUCUGUAGACUGUCAUUGUUUUAUAUUGUAUAAAUUACUUUCGUUGUGGCUGUUUUUCAAGAUGAAAUUUUUAUUGUGCUAAUGAAUUUCAUCAGAAAUGUGUAUAAUGGAUCUGCUGGCAGUAGUAGUAUUUUGUUUUAGGAUGUUGUGACUUAGCAAAAAUAAUACAGAUGUCUUCCCCUCUUUUGUAGCUUUGACAAUUUGAAUUAGAUUUCAAAUAAAAUCUGAACAGAAAACUAUGAUGUUGUGUUUUUGCCCUAUUGGUGACAUCAAGUCCCUUGAAGUCCUACUAAUAAGUGAGUUUAGCACUUCUGUUGUGUUUCUUAUACCUGACUGCACUUUACAAGCUCCAUUGUUCAAGUAGCUAAAGUUUUAUAUUUACUAAGAUGAUUAUCAAAAUGAAGGGACCUGAGCCUCCGAUUUGGUAGGUUUGCCAACCAGUUUCUUUGAUGAGGUUCCCUUGGGUAAUACUAGUACCCGGAGAUCAAAGCACUAGGUGAAUGUGGCAUGGUGUUUUGUUAAUGGAAUGCCUGGCUAAACUAUUUUUUCUUUUUUCAGAGAAGCAAUAUGAUUUCAGUAUACUCAACCUAUGUCCUGAGCAACUACUUAUUUUUAGGGAAAAAUUAAAUUUCUAUCUUUUGAUUUCAUCUUCUAUCAUGAAAGAAGUUUAUUUAUAAAAGAAGUUUCCUAACAAGAGUUGGCCAUAGAAUUGUGUGUGUGGUGGUUGCUGCUUUAUAUUCCUCUGUAGGCUUGCUCUCAAACACUGGGAUUGGUAGAUUUCUACAGGGUUCUGUUGAAAGCACCUUGGUAUUUUGUUUUUUUAAAAGAAUUUAGUUCUAGGUUUAGCUUUAAGUAAAAUUUAACAAUAAAAUAGUUUUCAGGAAGCUUUACAUCCAAUGAUUUGUAAAUUCAAGGUACAAAAAGUUGAUUUAAACAUUUGCAGUCAAAAUCUCUUAUACAAUGGGAGUAAAAUUGGUACAGUAUGAGGAAGUAAGAAAGCUUGUGUGAUGAUCAUAAUAUUUCUAUAAAUAUAGUGUAAUAAAAGGGUAUGUAGACUUGAACUGACAUUACUACUGUUUGUGGAUCUUGCUUUCAGUUUUCAUUUAGGUGCUUUAUACAGAGACCGUGGAAAACUAUUCUAAUAAUGGAUUGUUUUGAGUUAGGUUACUUUAUCUUUUCAGGUUGUUUUACUUAAUCUUGCCUAGUCACAAAAUAAAAUAAGCUGUACCCAGAAUUUGGGUAGUAGCUCUGUUAGCUGAGCAGUGAGGCAUGCUGUUUCCAAACUGGGCAGACAUAAGAGCUUUAGAAACGAGCUCAUCAGAUUAUUUUACUUAGCGGUUCUUAGCAAAAUGCAAUAUUGCUUGAAAGUUAUUCCCUCAUCAUUCACUCUUUUGUUUAUCCGUAUUGUCAGGAAAUGUUAGUUCCUAAGUGUUGCUCGACAUGAUUAAACAUGAACGUUUGGUGCUGGUUUUUAAAAACCUACGAAUAUAGCCAUUUUUGAAGUAGUAUGCUUUUCUACCUUGUUCAUUGCUUGGGAGAAUGGAAUUUUAUAUAAUUAUCUUUCUUUUCGAAAAUAACAGUUAUGUUGAAUGGCUAGUGAUUUGGGCAUUCCAUCAUUUGUUGGUAUCUACUAUAGGCUUAGAAAUAAUUGGUAAGGUAAUGAUUUUGCCAGUCAGGUUGCAAGGAAUGCUUGUUUCUCUCCCUUUAAAAACCUGGAGAAGCAAGAGUGAGUAGAAAUUCUUAGGUCAGUUUUGGGUGCUUAUUUGUAGUAUUUUCGUACUGGAAUGGAAUUUCGUAGUUCUUUUAAUCUUGAUCCAGAUACAGCAAACAUCAUUUGUCUUACAGUGGGUAACACUGGCUUCCUUUUGGGUGGGUGGAUGGGAAUUGCUUAGGCUUGAUAGAAUGUGUAUUCUUUGAAGUUUGUUAAUGUGUGUAUUAGAUUGUAUUGGACUGUUAAAAUCAGGAAUUGCAAAUGGUAUUGAUAGGUAGGUUACUUCCAGUUUUACUUAAUGAACAAAUAUCUAGAGUAAACCUGUGUCAUUCUCCAUGGACUCUAUGAAAGUUUGACGGUAUCAGAAAUUGGUGAGUUGUAAGGGGGGAGAUAUUCUAACAUAUUUUUAUAAUAGUAUAUUAUUCAUCUAUUUCUGAUCUAAAGAACACUCUUAAUUAGAUAUAAAAAUUUCUGCAGGUUGACUAAAAUGUUCAUGGGCACGGCCUUCUAGUUACAGGAAAUACCUGUUCCAGCUCUGUAGUAGACAGUUCUUGUCCUCUCCCACAGCCACAUGUGAGAGGAAAUCCUCUCUUGUCUACUUAUGAAGGGCGUGGCUUAAACUCUACCGUUUAACCUAACAUUUAUACACAGGGAUUUCUUACCAGGUUAAAACCCUUUGAUGUCCCUCUCUUCUACAGGUGAGAGAGUAAAUAAAUGGUGGUCUGUUUCUUACCUAGGAGAGACCUAGGAUUGAAGAGGAUUGUGUUUGUGAAUCUUUUCUUGGACUUUGUAUUUCCUUAUUACUGUUAGUAAACAUGGGCAUUUCUCAACUGUAACAUGUUGGGAAGUUAGAGAUUAAAGAACUAAAACAACAAAAAGCCCUGA